AUGGCGCCUACAAAAUCCGUAAAAGGCAAAUCUUCUUCGAAGGGCGGCAAGUCUGGAGGUUCAAAAUCCGGCGGUCCUUCGAAGAAAUCCGCGAAACCGAAAGGCAGCGCACCCGAAGGCAUUUCGAAGAAGAAGCAGAAGUCCCUCGCUCUCGCCAAACCCGGUGGCGCCCAGAAGUCGAAAUCGAGAGUUCCUUCCGGCAAGGCAAAGAAGCGUGUCUACAAAGAAUCAGAACUGGACCUACCGAAGCUCAAUGGCAUAAUCCCCGCCGGUAUUGCAAAGCCAAAGGGCCAGAAGAAGGGCAAGACCUUCGUGGACGAUCCCGCGAGCAUGAUGGCAAUAAUGAGCAUGGUUAAUGCAGAGAAGGAUAAGGAUGUUGAGAGCAAGAUCAUGCGCGCGCGACAGUUGGAGGAGGUGCGGGAGGCCAAGAGGAAGGAGAUGGAGACCAGGGCGGAGGAGAAGGCGAGCAAAUUUGAGGAGACAAAGAAGGGGCUGAAGAAGAAGAGGAAGAGCAGGCAUUCUAAUACGGCAGAGAUUGAAGCCAUGGUUGAUGAGACGCCGACGAAGGCUGCAAAAAGCAAGAAGAAGAGGGUGUCGUUUGGUUGA